UCUCUCUCUCUCUCUCUCUCUCUCUCUCUCUCUCUCUCUCUCUCUUUAUAUAUUUUUCAUCGUCCAAGAUUCCAUUCAUUUGUGUGAUCAUCGCCCACAUCACAAAUCCUCUUCCUUUUCGACUGAUUUUCGUUUUUUUAAAAAAAAAUCUUAUCGUGUUUUUGUAUAAACGAUGAGGGGAAAGGUUGGAGCUUUGUGUCUGGCUGGUGGAAAGUCUUGAAGAUUUUAUCUAACUGGGCUGUGAAAUCUCUGUAGUUUUUGUCAACAAACAUCAUCAUUUCGUUUUCUGGUAAAGGAAAAAAAAUUAUAUUUUCCCCCCUCCACGAGAGAGAGAGAGAGAGAGAGAGAUUGUAAAGGAGAGAAUUUUUUUUUAUUUACUUUUUUGUUUCUUUGGGUUCAUGUGGUGACACCCAGAAGGCAGAAAGAGAGCGAGAUAAAGAGAGAGAAAUGAAGAGAACUCUCCCCGUUGUUUCAAAUCUCUCUCUUCUACUGAAUUAGGGAGAAUCCGAUCGAGGUCGGGUUUUUCUCCGGGCCGGAUCAGGUCGGACUGAUGGUUACGGCGGCGGUGUCGGGUCGUGUUCAAUCAGUCACGUGAUGGAUGGUUCAUCAUUCUGAAUCACCCUCUGGUUUUACUUACCUUCUGGUUUAAGCUAAAUCUCUCAGUUACCGUAAUAUCACGUUGUCUAAUGGUUUCUCUGAAGAGUUCUAAUCUGGAAAGUUUCAGUACCGAGACAACACAUAAUCUGGAUCGUAGAUUACAUUUCUCUUGAAUCUUCUUUGUUGUCUAUUACAUAAAUUUAUUGUGUUUUAUGCAUAUUUUCCAUGUCUGAUCUUGUGAAGCUUCAUGGGUCGAUCAGAUUCUUUGUUUCCUUUCCUUCUUUCUCUGAGCUUUUCCAUAGAUUCCAAGGAUUCUUCUUUGUUUGUACAUGUUUCUGAAUUCUUUCAUUGUUUUCUUCCAUGAGUUUCAGCUGUAUGCAAAAUCACAGAUUGAGCAGGCUUUGAGGCUGAUUCUUGGGGUUUGUGUCAUAUGACUGGUUUUGAUGAUAAUGUUGCUGUGAUGGAUGAAUGGCUGCCCUCUAGCCCUAACCCUAGAGCCAUCUUCACAGCCAUGUCAGGACAGGAGGAGAAUUCCAAGCCUGUCCUGGAGAUAGAGCUUUCUCUGAAUCAUGGCUAUGUGAAGGAGGAUUGUCUGCAAUCUAAUAAUCUUCCAUUCGGCGAAGAGAAACCGGGUCUUGGUGAAAGGAUUGCUUCCAGAGCUGGCGGGUUUAACGCUCCGAAGUUGAACACCGACAAUAUUCCAUCUCCCUGCUUGACAAUCUCUUCUCCUGGCCUUAGCCCUGCAACCCUGUUAGAAUCCCCUGUUUUCCUUUCCAACCCCUUGGCCCCGACAUCUCCAACGACGGGAAAGUUUUCGUUUUUCCCGGGUGGUAGCAGCUAUAUGUCGCCGUCUGAUCCUUCUGAUAAAACUAAAGACGAGUUGUUUGAUGAUAUCGACGCAUCAUUCACAUUCCACCCCGUUUCAAGAUCUUCGUCCUCUAUCAUCCCGGGCAAUACAGCCAGUGUCUGUCAUGUUUCCCAGCAAUCCUUCCCCAGUACAGAGAUUUCGAUCAAUUACGGUAACUGCAACAACUCUCAGACCGUGGAAGGUGUCGAGCUCGGUUCUCAGGACGUAGAAACUGUAAAUCUCCAUGGCAAAUUUCCUGGAACAUCAGCCGAGAUUCAUAACAGUGGGAAAGACGUUGACCCAGGUGAGGUAAGGACACUUGAUGAUGCUCAAGACGAGGAGCAAAGACGGAAAGGAGGAGACUUGGUGGUGGCUGGUGGUGCACCGGCCGAGGAUGGAUACAACUGGAGGAAGUAUGGGCAGAAACUGGUUAAAGGGAGUGAGUAUCCAAGGAGUUAUUACAAAUGUACUCACCCGAAUUGUCUGGUCACGAAGAAGGUUGAACGGUCCCGUGAAGGUCACGUUACGGAAAUAAUAUACAAAGGAGCUCAUAAUCACCCGAAACCUCCUCCUAACCGACGGGCAGCAGCCAUCGGAUCAUCGGGCACGAGCCUUCUUGACUUGCAGAUUGAUGGAACUGAACAAUCUGAACAGCAGCAGAGCAGUAUGGGCAGAGAUGAUUCUCCAUGGCUGGUUGCACAACAAGCUGGAACUAAUAAUGAGAAUGGUGAGGAGACAUCACCGGAUUCCACCACGGGAUUCGAGUCCGGGCAAAUGCAGGUUCAUGGCGGGACCCAUCGGUAUGAUGAUGAUGACGAUGAUGAUGAUGGUGCUAAUGAUGAAGAUGAGGAUGAUGAUCAUGUGAUGCAUGGAAGUGAAGGAGAUGAAACUGAGCCGAAGAGACGGAAACUCGAAGAAGCUUACGCAGAAGAGAUGAGUGGAGCAACACGAGCUAUCCGUGAGCCGCGAGUCGUGGUUCAGACAACGAGCGAUGUCGACAUCCUCGACGAUGGAUAUCGAUGGCGCAAGUACGGUCAGAAAGUCGUCAAGGGAAACCCUAAUCCGAGGAGUUACUACAAAUGCACAGGUCCUGGAUGUUUGGUGAGGAAGCACGUGGAGAGAGCUUCUCAUGAUUUCAAGUCGGUCAUUACAUCAUACGAUGGCAAACACAACCAUGACGUCCCCAUGGCUCGCAACAGCAGCAACCAUGGCGGUUCAGGUGGCUCAUCGGCUCAGACGCAAGUUCACCAACCCGAGCCACGCAGCAGGUUCGAGAGGCCCGUCACGAGUAACCCUACAUUCGUCCGUCCUUUCAGCUUCCAGCCACGGCUCGGACCGCCUCCUCCAGGAGGGUUCUCGUUCGCUUGUUUAGGGCAGACCGGACUGCACAAUCUUGCAAUGCCGAGUUUUCCGGUUCAUCCGUACAUGGCGGGGACAUCGCAGCAGGCGGUUGGCGAACCAGGGCUGAUGAUGUUGCCGACGAGAAGUACGGAUCCGAAAGUGGAACCUGUGUCGGAUACAGGGCUUGUUGGCUUGUCCGGAAGUUCAUCUAUUUACCGGCAGUUCAUGAGCAGGUUGCCUCAAAUUUGAUGGAGCUUUUUUUUUCUUUUUCUUUUCUUUUCUCUUAUUUUUUUUUUCCAUAAAGGUAUGGGUUUGUUCAUAGGGAAUCAAUUUUCUGAUGUUUGUUAUUAAAAAAUCUUUAAUCUUA